AAAAGAAGCAUCCCAUAUGAGGGUAAGAGAUGGUGUCCCCAUCUACCCUCAAGCCAUCAGCUCCAUCAGCAAAUCUGCUCCGCUUCCUCCGCUCGCAGUCCGAGGUGUCCACCCACUAUUACUUUUCCCCCAACACCACUCCGAUUACACGCCCGCACUCACUUCCGCCAGCAUGCCCAUGGCGUCUCCGAUCCCGACCCCAAUCCCAAAGGGGAUAUGCACAUGCUGCGUUUCCAUCAUGGUCAUAUGAAGAGCAUGACAUCCACCCAAAUGCGCAACAACAGCAUCCCAACCAACAUCAGCGCCGCACCGCAACCCUCGAAGCAUCUCUCUUCCCCUUCCUCAGCGCGCGGACGCGCAAUUUAGAAGAUGAUCCGUCAUACAUAUCGACAUCACCGUCCACGAUUCCCGCAUUAGUAGCAACUCCGCGCACAGCGCUAAAGAGCCUGAACAGGCGUGGAGGAUAUGGCAAUCUACAACUCUUCAGCGGUACAGCGGGGAGAAAAGGCCGGGGCCGGGGAUUCAUCCGGCGCCUGUUUGGACUACGAGUAUCGGAGCGUGAUGAUCCCAACAAAUUGCGUCCAAGCGAUUUGCCCAUUGGCCCUGUGAUGGAGGAUGGGCACGAGGGGAACAUGUUUGCUACGGGGCGUUCAUUAGCGAUGAAAGCGACGAAUGAGCCGCGGCUGAGAUGUACGGAGCUGGAUGAAAAUGGGAACGUGACUCUUGUUAAUGGGGAGUUUAAGAAAAGUGAGCUGAUUGCGAAGUAUGGUCUUCUUCCCCGUGAUCUUCGCAAGAUCGACUCCUCAGUCCUUCCGCAUAUUCUCGUGCGCCACAGCGCUAUUUUAAUCAGCCUUCUGCAUCUACGCGUCCUGAUAAAAGCAGAUCGAGUUUUGGUAUUCGACGCCUACGGCUCGACGGAUUCCUACACGCAGUCGGUAUUUAUGUAUGAUCUAGAAGGUAAACUACGUCAGAAAGAGGUGACAGGCCGCCAAUCCUCACCGGGCGCUCUGCCCUAUGAAUUCCGUGCCCUUGAAGCCGUUCUGGUCAGCGUGACCAGUGGACUUGAAGCUGAGUUUGAAGGGGUAAGGGAACCUGUAGUGCGCGUUCUUCGGGCACUGGAAGAGGAUAUAGACAGAGACAAGUUGCGGCACCUCCUGAUCUAUUCCAAGAGAUUGGGCACGUUCGAGCAGAAAGCUAGAUUGGUGCGCGAUGCGAUUGAGGAUCUGCUUGAAGCCGACGAUGACUUAACCUCAAUGUAUCUGACGGAGAAAGCGAAUGGCGUGCAUAGGCAGGAGGUUGACCAUCAGGAAAUUGAGAUGUUGCUCGAAUCGUAUCACAAAGUCUGCGAUGAAAUCGUACAAGCCAGUGGGAAUCUGGUCACCAAUAUUCGAAACACGGAGGAAAUUGUAAAAGCAAUCCUCGACGCCAACCGCAACUCCCUCAUGCUCCUCGAUCUCAAAUUCAGCAUCGGCACUCUUGGCCUCGCAGCUGGCACCCUUUGCUCUGCCCUCUACGGCAUGAACCUGAAAAACUUCAUAGAAGAAUCAGACCUAGGCUUCGCCACCGUCUCCGGCGCCUGUUUCGUCUUUACCGCCUUCGUGUGCGCCUACGGGCUCAUGAAACUACGGAAGGUACAACGUGUGCGGAUGUGGGGAGAGGCAGGGCUGCAUGACCGCAACAUUGGCACGUUGGGACUUAGGAGUGGUGGGAGUGCGGCGCUGCCUAACCGGGCUAAUUGGCGCGCUGACACUGUGGAUCCCCUCUGGACCGGGUUGGCUGGAGAGACUCGUGGGGAGAGGUUGAAGAGGCUUCGACAGGGUGGUGCAGCUUCUGCUGCUUUGUCGGCGACGCCCCCAGUUGCGAAGAAUAUCCAGAGUGCGGAGAAAAGAAGUAAACAGCAGAGGCUACGGCAGCAACAACAGCAGCAACAGGAGCAGCAACGACAGCGACAGCAGCAGCUAGCAGAUAACGCCGGAGUUGAUACAAGCGGCGAAGAAUCAGCGCUGGGAAGUGCAGCCAUCAGCUCUGGCUCUCGAUAA